AAUCCAUUUAAUUACAACUUAUGGAAACGCAGCAUAUAAAACGGGCAGAGGUAGGGUUUUAGCUGGUGCAGUGGCUGUGAGCGUAAGACGAAAGAGAGCAAUUGAAACAGUUCUUUGCGCCGCUCAGCCAACAUGGGUAUUUCCAGGGAUUCCAUGCACAAGAGGCGUGCCACUGGUGGCAAGAAGAAGGCUUGGAGGAAGAAGCGAAAGUAUGAACUUGGUCGUCAGCCAGCAAAUACUAAGCUCUCUAGCAACAAGACUGUAAGGAGAAUCCGUGUUAGAGGAGGCAAUGUGAAGUGGAGGGCAUUGAGAUUGGAUACAGGCAACUAUUCAUGGGGUAGCGAAGCUGUCACCCGCAAGACCCGUAUUCUUGAUGUGGUAUAUAAUGCCUCAAACAAUGAGCUUGUCAGGACACAGACCCUCGUAAAGAGUGCUAUUGUUCAAGUGGAUGCUGCUCCCUUUAAGCAAUGGUACCUUCAACACUAUGGUGUUGAUAUUGGGAGGAAGAAGAAGACAGCAGCUAAGAAGGAAGCUACUGAGGAGGGAGAAGUUGCUGUCGAGGAAACUAAGAAGAGUAACCAUGUGCAAAGGAAGCAUGAGAAGCGCCAGAAGGAACGUACACUUGAUGCUCACAUUGAAGAACAAUUUGGCUCUGGUAGAUUGUUGGCAUGCAUUUCUUCCCGGCCAGGUCAAUGUGGCAGAGCUGAUGGAUACAUAUUGGAGGGUAAAGAGCUAGAAUUCUAUAUGAAGAAAAUCCAAAGGAAGAAGGGCAAGGGCGCUGGAGCUGCUUAGAUGCAGUAUUUCAAAUGGUCUACUCUCUCAUCAAUGUGGUUUUUGUUGCCUUUAAAUUUUGUUCUCUUUAUUUUCCUACAAUUGAGGAUAUGGUACAUUUUUAUUGUGAACUCUUUAGGCAUUUGUUCAAGUCCUUGUUAAAUUGUGCUGUUCUUUUAAUCAAAAGUUAAAGAAAAAAGAAUUAUUGUUA